GAGAUCUCGUUUGGAUCCCCCCAGAUCCAUGAUGGACACAGCCAGCCACAGCCUCAUCCUUCUCCAGCAGUUGAACAUGCAGCGAGAGUUUGGCUUCCUCUGCGACUGCACCGUUGCCAUUGGAGACGUCUACUUCAAAGCUCACAGAGCCGUCCUGGCGGCUUUUUCCAACUAUUUUAAGAUGAUAUUUAUUCAUCAGACGAGCAGUGAAUGCAUAAAGAUUCAGCCGACAGAUAUCCAGCCCGAUAUCUUCAGCUAUUUGCUCCACAUCAUGUACACCGGGAAGGGCCCCAAACAAACCGUCAAUCAUACGCGGCUGGAGGAAGGCAUCCGCUUUCUGCACGCAGACUACCUGUCCCACAUGGCGAUAGAGAUGAACCGGAUGCUCUCUCCGGAGACCGUGCAGUCUUCCAACCUGUACGGGAUUCAGAUCUCCACCACCCACAAGACCGUUAAAGAGACCCUGCAGACCAAAGAAAGCCUGACGGGUCUUGGUAGCCGGGGCACUAACCAGGGCGAUCACCCGCAGCUUCAGCUCUCUCUGGCCAUCGGGCUGGACGACAGCUCUUUGGACCAGCAGAUUUCUCACCCUCCCGUCCAGGGGGCUGCCAAACCAGCUGAAAACCUCACCAAGCCACCGGUGACGAUCAAGCAGGAGAAAGCUGACCCGGAACCGGUGGUGUCUCAGAGCCACACCUCGUCCUCCCCGGAUAUCGGGGUUUCGGCCUUUUCGAAAACGAACGUCAAAGUCCACGUCUGUCAGUACUGCGGGGAACGUUUUGAAUCCCGGGGUCUUUUGCGGGAACAUCUGUUCACUCACGUGUCAGGGUCCCUGCCAUUCGGGGUGCCGGCCUCGAUCCUGGAAAGCAACGACCUCGGCGAGGGCCAGCCGCUGAACGAAAACCGCGAAGCCCCCGAAAGCCACCGUUUCGACUCCUUCCUCCGGAAAGACAGCGAGCGCCGGUCGGCGCACCCCUCCCGCGGCAACUUGGAGGCCUUGCCCAUCGGCCAGCUCUCUCUGGUUUCCAAAGACUCGGAGCCCAUGGAGCUGAACUGCAACUUUUCCUUUUCCCGGAAGAGGAAGGUCAGCUGCACAGUGUGCGGCCACAAGUUUCUCCGGAAGAGCCAGCUGUUGGAACACAUGUACUUGCACAAAGGGAAGCACUUCAAAUACAGCCGGUGCCAAAGAGCAGGCAAUCCGGCAGCCCCCAAGUUUCAACCUUACGGCGACGGUUGGGCACCGAGCGGGGUCAAAGGCACCGCCCUCCCGCAAGCUCACUUAGAAUCGCAGGACCUGCUGGACCCCGACCUCUCGCAAGAGAACAUUGAUGCCAUAUUGGUCGAAUAGCU